AUGGCCCCCAUCAGCCUUUACAACGCCUCCAUCCCCCAAUUCAAAACCGGCCUCACCGUCCUCUCCCGCAUCCUCGCCAAAGCAGCCCUCCACUUCCCCUCCUCCCCGGACGAGAUUCUCAAGGCCACGCUCAUCGAGGGCAUGCUCCCCCUCCCAGGCCACGUCCUCCUCGUCUCCAACAUCGCCAAGAAGUCGCUGACGCGCAUGGCUGGGAUCACGGUCGACGUGUGGCCCGACGACGAGGACACGGUGGACAAGCUGAUUGCGCGGUGCGAGCGCACGAUUGCGCUGCUGGACACGGUGGCGCCGGAGGAUGUUGACGGGCACGAGGGGGAUGUGGUGGAGUUCCGGUUGGGAGGGUAUGAGUUGAGGAUGACGGCGGAGGAGUAUUUGAUGAAAUAUGCGGUGCCGUUUUUUGGGUUCCAUUUGGGGCUGGUGUAUGCGAUGUUAAGGAUGAAGGGGGUGGAGUUGGGGUUUGCGGAUUUUUUGAUGCCGGGUGUUGGGCCGUUUUUGGUCGAGGGAGAUGCCGACAACGGCAUUUGA